AUUGUCAUUUGACAAUUGUCAUUUCUACAAUAACUGUACCAUUCAAUAUCUUGAACGUUUAUGAAAAGUUUGUUUUAGCUGGAAAAAAUUUUCCUUGCGGGAAGGAUUUUACCAACUCCAAGUGUUCUCAAAUCCUUUUUCUCUUUUCCACAUAAAUUAAUCUAGACACUUUAAGCUUAAAAAGCAGUAAUGUUUUCACAAGGCAUGCGACUGCAUUUUAAGUGUUGAAUUUUUAUAAUUUUUUGAAAAUACUGUCGUAGCUAGUUUAGUCAUUUCCAUGUAUACCAAUGAUAAUUUUUAGCAAACAUUAUACAGUCAUUAUGCGUGGAAUGUGCUUGUCAUGUGAUUAAGGGCAUACAAGGUUUAACGCAAUAAAGACAGGAAGUACUACAAUUCUUUAAUACAAGGCGAAAUUUCUUUGUUUAAACGUGAGAGGUAAAUGUAGUUUGGAGUGUUUUAAUGUAGGUAAACACAUUGUCUUUUCGCCGUUCAGCUCUGAGUUAUUACACAGAAAAAAUCAUCGGCUAGACUUUUCUAUGUUUGUCACCAGAUUUCAGACAGCAAAUACAAGAAAACUUACGUGAAGUAUUAAAGUUUAGUUCUGUAUUUUUACUUGGGUUGCAUCCGUACAGUAUAAUGAGAUUUCCUCGAGCGGAAAGCGAACCAUCCCCAUCACCUAAGAACAUAUCAAAACCAGAGAGUGAACCACCUGCGACAGCUGAGUACUAUCCACGACAUCCAAAUGCCGAACCAGUCCCAGAAUGGCCUGCUGCAAAGUAUGUAUGGAAAGGUGCAUGGGAGUUACAUUAUAUUGGUUUUGGAAUAAUGUUUUUACUUGUUGCUUUUUGGUCAAUUCUGGCUUUAAUACGUGCCCGUAAUACAAAACUUCUUGUCACUCGGCGUUUCUGCUAUGCCGUGAAUUGUUUACUAGUAGUUUUCGGUAUAACUCGAGCAUUGUCGUUGUUUCUUUAUCCCUAUGAAAUGGUUGAUUAUGGAAAUGGAACACCAAUCGUUAUACAAAGAUUAUUCUUUGGCAGUGGUUUCCCAUGUCUCAUUGCUGGUUAUACCCUUAUCCAUUAUGCAUUUCUCGAAGCAGCUAAAGUGAGUUUUUCGAGACGUAAAAUACAGAGCUUGAGAUUCAUUCUUGGUGUUAUAGCUGUUCACGGGAUUUUGGUUCUUGUUGCUGAGAUUGUUACAUCAUACGUUGCGAAUACAAGUGUACUCGUCAUAAUUUGUAUGUUAUAUUUCAUCAUCUGUGCCUUAGCAGUUUCUGCAAGCGUAUUUUACAGUGGUGUCCGUGUUAUGAAGGAAUCAAAAACACACAGAAGGACGCUGAAACGUAUGAGCGUUAACACGGAAAAAGUUGGUAGCACAAAAAAAGCAACAACAUAUUCAACCAAAGCCAGUAACACGAAGAAAGUGGCUCGUGUAACCUUGAUGACAGCGUUACUUGGGGUUACGUGUGCAGCGUUACAAAUUUAUGCCUUAGUCGGUGUAUUCAAAGUUCGUUUUGAUGGAAAAACUCACCCGGACCCCUGGUUAUGGUGGGUCUAUGUUUCCAUGUUUCGCUUGAUAGAACUUGGACUAGCUGUAACAAUGGCUUACACAGUAGCCCAACCCAAGAAAGGUGGCAUUAACUUUCGCGAGUUUGCGCAAUGUUGUUUACCUGAGAAAAUAAGCAGAAUAGAAACAUAUACCGACAGCGGUGUUACAAUCACUGAUUCUGCUACUAGGGGAUCGAGAGAUGAUGAAACAGACCAGAAUUUCGUAUGAUUAUUAGAAAAAGGAAUGUAUAUUAACAGUCAUAAUAACAGCUUUAAGCUGGUUUAUGUGAUCACUAGUUGUCAGAUAAUGCAGUUUACGAUUAAUGUCUACUGUAAAUAAAUAAAUAAAAUUUUAGAGAUGAAACUGACAACUAUAUUGCAGUAGUGAUUACAGCUACAUAUUUGACUUUUGAAUUUUCAUACUUUUUAAAAGUUAACAUGCUAGAGUUUCAAUAAAUCGGUGGGAGUAUCCGUAGACAAAAUAUGUAAUGUUUCUGGACGUUUCGAGGUAUUUGAAUUAUAUUCUUCAAUAUAUUGAUGAGCUUA